CGCCAACAUGUGGUCAUCCAUACAACUCCCAGCUUUAAUAAUUCUGGCUACAGCAAUCAGUGUUUUGGGUGAUACCGACGCUGAAUCUGAGAAGCGAUACGCCAUCCUCGAUAAUGACUGGCUUGCGGUUAGCUUUCUACCCUUCCUCAUGGCCAUGAAGGGUGGGAUGGAAGUACUUGGUCUAGUUUCAGACACUGCAAACUCAUGGCAGAAACAAUGUGGCCUUCACGCCCUGGCGAAUCUCGAAGUCGGCAACCUCACCUGUAUCCCCGUGUAUCAGGGCGCAACAUGGCCCCUCAUCAACACCCCAGCGCGAUUCCAAGCAUGGGAGGCCGUGCACGGGAAACUCCCAUUCCAAGGCGCGUUCGGCCUGCAGAACAUAAGCGCCGAGCAACAGGGGAAGAAUCCGGCUUCUGGCGACCCGAACAGGGUCGUGGAAGAGGCGUUUGUUGAAGGAUUCCCAAAAACGCAGUUCGAUAAUUCGACGAAUGGGCCGAGUUUUAUGGUUCAGAUGGUGCGUAAGUAUCCGCAUCAGGUUUCUAUAUAUGCGGCUGGUGCUCUGACGAAUGUUGCGCUGGCUGUACGUAUGGAUCCGAAAUUCGCGAGCCUGGCGAAGGAGUUGGUUAUUAUGGGCGGUUAUGUGGAUUUUAACAUGCUACAAGCAGGCGGAGACAUGGAACAGGCAAACAUUAACUCUGAUAUCAACUUGAUGAGUGACCCUGAGGCAGCCAAGAUCGCAAUAAAUGCCAAUUUUCCUGAUAUAGUCAUUGCUGGAAACGUCGCAAAUCAAGUGCAAUGCACCCAGGAAUACCUGGACGAAGUAUACCAGGUCAAGAAUCCAUAUACCGCGCUCUUCCAUGACCACUAUGGUACAAAGUUUCCUUUCUGGGACGAGACGGCUGCAGCUUUGAUGGUUGACCAUUCAAUUGCUCUCAACACGACAUCACUCUACGCUGAUAUUGAUAUCUCAUAUGGGAGUCCGGGAUAUGGGAACAUCCGCCUCUAUCGAGAGGAACUUAAACCGCCUGGGGUCCGCGAAGUAACAUACGUGAACCGGAUCGACGGUGACAAGCUAAAGGAUAUGAUGACGAGUGCGAUGUGGGAGCCGCCUACCUGCUAACAAUGACCUAUUACCCAGGAAGAGUUGUUAACCUGUAUUAAGGCCCCUAUUUCUGACAGAGUAGACCACUGUGCAAAUCAUAUUCCCACUCAUC